UUUGUGAGUUCACCGCUAGAGACUUCAGUCAUGCGUAACAGUUAACUCCCAUAAAUUGUCACUAGGAAUACAGUAGGCCUAACCUAUAGGAUUUAAAUCAUUGUCACCAGCUGUGCUUAUAUUUGAAUUUUGUAGUAACCAAGUAAACACUGCUGAACACAUACUUGAACGCAAUCUCCAAAAUUUAUGCUAUCAGUUUUUUGUAGCCAGAGUCUAUGGGGAAUAUAGUUCAGAGAAACCAGUACUUUGAAUAAAAUGGAGCAGGGUACACCAGUUUGGUUCGAUGGAGGAAUUGGAUACCCCCUCCCAGGCCACUGGCUGAAGUCUUUGGACAAAGACUUUGUUGAGGUCAAAGGUGUUACAGAUGGCAAGAAGUACAAAGUCCACGACAGCAGCAAGACUCUGCGAGUUCGCCAUGACAACAUAGAGGUGGAGGAGGUGGAGGACAUGAUUUCUCUCAGAGAUUUGCAUGAAGGGUCAUUAAUAUUCAACUUGGAAACAAGAUAUAACAAAGGACUUAUUUAUACGUACACUGGAAGCAUUUUAGUAGCUGUUAACCCCUACCAGUUAUUUGAUAUUUAUGGAGUGGAUACAGUCAAGAAAUAUGAAGGAAAACUCAUUGGACAGUUACCCCCUCAUCUUUUUGCCAUUGGUAACUCUGCGUAUCUGAGUAUGCAGAAGGAUGGGAAGAACCAGUGCAUCGUGAUAAGCGGUGAAAGUGGUGCAGGCAAGACUGAGAGCACAAAGCUGAUCAUGCAGUACCUCGCUGCUAUCAACAAAUCAUCCUCCAACCUAAUUACGGAACAGAUAUUAGAAGCAAACCCUUUGUUGGAAUCUUUUGGCAAUGCUAAGACCAUCAGAAAUGACAACUCAAGUAGAUUUGGAAAAUAUAUUGAAGUAUACUUUACAAAUGGUUCUAUCACUGGUGCUAAAACAACAGAUUAUCUCCUGGAAAAGUCUCGAAUUGCUCAUCAGGCCGAGGGAGAACGGAAUUACCACAUUUUCUACGAGAUGAUCGAGGGCAUGUCUGAAGGGGAGAAGGCAAAAUAUGGCCUGAGGCAUGCUUCAAACUUCCGCUAUCUUAACCAGGGUGGGAGUUCACAUGUCAGCAGUCGUCAAGAUGCCGAGUCCUUCAUUCGACUUGUCUCAGCGAUGGAAAUCCUCAAGUUCCAGCCCGCUGAGAUGGAAAACGUAUUUAGUGUUCUGGCUGCUGUGUUGCACCUGGGAAAUGUACAAUUUACCGCAUCGCAGCACGGUCGAGAUGAAUCGUUGCGUGUAUCAAACGUGCAGGAACUCAGAAAAUCGGCUCAACUACUUAUGGUGUCGUCGGACAAACUGGAGAAGGCAAUGACGCAGAAGUUUAUGAGAGAACCAGGUGGUGAAAGAAUCAUGUCACCUUUGACCCGUGAACAAGCAAAUGAUGCAAGGGAUGCUAUUGGAAAAUCGUUGUACUCAACGCUCUUUACGUGGUUGAUUCAGAAUAUAAAUAAAGUUGUAAACAGACCACAGAAGGUUUCAUCCAUAGCUAUCCUUGAUAUAUUUGGCUUUGAGGAUUUUCAAACCAAUAGUUUCGAGCAACUUUGCAUCAAUUAUGCAAAUGAGAACCUUCACUUUUUCUUCAACCGUCACAUUUUUAAUCUAGAACAGGAGGAGUAUGUUCGUGAACGCAUUAAGUGGACUAACGUGGCAUACAAAGAUAACCAACCGUGCCUUGACAUGAUAGGAAAACGUCCAAUCGGAAUAUUCCAUAUUCUGGAUGAUGAAAGUAGUUUUCCCAGGGGUAUGGAUUCAUCCUUUAUUGAGAAAUGUCAUCACAACCACCGCCGUAAUGAAUGCUACAAAAAGCCGAAAAUGUCAAAAAUGGAGUUCGGUAUCCAACAUUAUGCGGGUCUUGUGACUUACAGUGCCAAAGGAUUCUUGGAUAAAAAUCGUGACAUGCUGCGUGCUGAUGUUUUAGAAAUGCUGAUAAAGAGCAAAUCUCAGCUUGUUUCGAAGAUGUUCAAGAAUUUGCGGAAAUCAGAAGAGACUCGUGCUAUGAUGACCCAAGGUCUCACCUCCAUGAAGAAGAUGAGAGCUUCGACUGUGGCAACAAGAUUUAACGAAUCACUUGGGGACCUCAUGGACAAUAUGACCAAAUGCAACCCGUUCUUCAUCCGUUGCAUCAAGCCAAACAACGAUAAACUGCCGAUGAGCUUCAACAAUUCACUGGUGAUGGAUCAGCUACGUUAUUCUGGCAUGCUAGAAACAAUUCGCAUACGUAAAUUGGGAUACCCAAUACGAAUGACUUUCCUGGCCUUCAUUGACAGGUAUAGGUUCCUUGUUGGUCAGCUUUCACUUCGGGUACCUAAGUCUGAGUUAUGUAUACAGAUCCUAAACACAGCUGGUGAAUCAUUUGCAAGAGACUACCAAAUCGGUUCCAAAAAGGUGUUCUUGAGAGAGCGACUUGAAAGUGAUCUUGAAUAUCGACGAUCUGCAAUCGUUAAAAAUGCAACACUUGUGAUUCAACGUUAUACAAAAGGCUUUCUGAUGCGCAAGCUAUUCCAAAAGCAGAGAAAAUCUGCAAUAGAGAUACAAGCACGGUUUAGAGGUUGGCAAGCACGUAGGAAAUUCAAGUUGAUAAUCCGCAGUAUUAUCUGUUUGCAAGCGGCGUAUAGAGGAUAUCAACAGCGAAAGAAGUACAGAAUGCUAAUACAAGUGAAGACAAAGCAUAAUGCCAUCCAGCAAACAAAGCGAACAGCACCCUCUAUGCCAAAGUCCUCAUCACCAAUUGAUGUGUCUCGCCUCGAUAUACCUUAUGACCUUUCAUUAGUGCUAAAUAAAACCAGUGAGUGGAAUCAACCACACACGGAAAGAAAUGUAGUCAAGGUUGUCGGGAAAGUUGCUCAAACUCAGCAAAUGAUCAGUUUCCCAUUGGAUAUCAACCAGUUUCCCUUUUCUAAAUAUGUCAACAUUUACUUUCGGAAUUCUGAAUUAGGUGUUUUGAGUCAUCCGAUCGCAUCCCCAUUCCAUAACCUAAAUGACGAGGAGGAGAUCAAAGCGCUUGCAAUAUUCAAGCUGAUUCAAAGAUUUAUGGGGGACCAACAGAUGGAGAAAAAUACGGCAACGAUUUAUGGAAACUAUAUUGUACAGGAGGGUUUGAGUUUUCCGAAGCUCCGAGAUGAAAUUUAUAGUCAGUUGUGCAACCAAACAUUUGGCAAUGUAUCUGAGGCAGAGAAUGAAAGAGGUUGGCUCCUAAUGGCUAAUUUGCUUGGCUGCGUGCCUCCCUCCAAGAAACUGUACAAGUAUCUAUUAAAGUAUGUUUCUGAUCAUGCCUAUAAUGGUUACAAGUCCUACUGCCAACACAAGCUUCUUUUCAUUAACCCAUACGCCCUCGAUUUUGGUGUUCCUCGUACAUACCCAUCGACACUCCUUGAGUGGAAAGCUCAUCGUCUGCGUUCCAGAAUGGCUCUGAAGUUGGCGUUCAUGGACGGUCAAGAGAUGACCGUACAAGUGGAUUCUUGGACGACAGGUGAAGAGAUUGUGGCUGCAGCUCUGCGGGCGAGAAAAAAUGAGAAGAACCUGCAAGGCUGGUCUCUACAACUACAAGAAGGCACAGGACGCUAUGAGCUCUCCGGAUUUGACUAUGUCUUGGAUCUCAUUGGCGAGAUGGAGCUGCCACCAGAUCUUCCAGUCCAGGAGUCAAAUUUCUUGGUGUCAUCAGAAACUAUCAAGAUGCAUCCAGUGCAAAGAAAGACAAUGACAAACACAAGAUCUGGUGUUGAUAUUGAUGCCCUACUUGAAGGUGACACCGUCAUGCCCAACUACCAACCAGCAGCCAAAUGGAAUGGUCGCGCCCCAUCAGAAAUCAGUGUGCCAAGUGUCCCAGAAACACCCUACCCCGAUUAUGACAUUGAUGAUGAAGUCGUUCAACCAUAUCAGAUGGGGUAUGCAACAAAUCAGCGUAACUUGCCCACAAUUGUGGAAACACGGCAAGAUAAUUCAUCUAGCGACGCUGAAAGUAUGCAUUCUUCCGCUGCAAAAUCUGCUAUGUCGGUGGGAGGGAAGAUCCGGAGUGUACCAAUACCAUUCAAUGGAACUGGGGACCAGCUGGAUAAUUAUGUUGAUGAUGUUUUUAAUCCUGUUCUUGAAACUGGGGAUUUAUUCAAUCCACUCCUCAUGGAGAAAAGCCUGAGAGGGGGUGGAAAGGGACCUCCAGGAUAUAUGCAAACACCUAUGUAUCAAGUCCCACAACAGCCCGCAAUGUUCAACAUGGCUGCCCAGCCAACCAUGGCUAUGAAUCCUGGGAUGGUUCCGACUAUGGUGCCCGGUAUGAUGCCAACAGCUGUACCAGCAAUGCAAGGCUAUACCGCCAUGCCAACAAUGAAUCCUUACCAAAUGCAAGUUCCAAUGGCACCUGCAAUGGCUCCACAACCUGUAAUGACCCAACCAUUUAUUGACCCCUCAACCCAAGCUAUGCAACAGAUGAUGCAGCAACAGUCUGUACUCAACCAGCAAACCAUAGCAGCUCAACAGCAGCAAAUUCAACAACAGCAAAUGAUGCUACAGACUAUGAUGGGACAACAGGCAACAGGUUCCAGUAGCUCUGGGCCUAGCACCUCUGGUCACAAGCUCAAGAGUGCUAUGGCCAACUCCCAGGAAACAUCAAAACACCAGAACAAGAAGUUACAGUUCAAUAGGACGGUUGUGAACAUCAAGACAGACACUACCCCAGAGUACACUGAUGUUCUGGUGUCUCCUACCAGCUCUGGCUCACCACAGGUUUCUCCUCAAGCAGAGCAGAUGCAGAUUCCGCCUGGCAUUCCACCUCCACCACCUAUAAAUGAGGAGAAGAUGCUGCUUCUGAAGAGAGGUAAAGUUGUCGAUCUUGAUGAUGACCGAGCAAGAACCAUACGGGUUGGCAAGGUUGUCUGGCCACCACGUGGCGGUGAUGGAGCUGGUGUGAGUGGAUUGAAACCUGUCAAAUCAACCUCUUCAGAGAUAAAAAGCACAAUUAAAAGUGCUCCUUCAGAACAAGACUCUCAGUCACACUUUGAUUUAAUAAAAGAGCGUGCAAAUAAAAUGCAGCAAAGGCGGGAGAAUGGAGAAACAAAGUUCCCACCUCCAAAACCAGCAGCUAAGCCAAAGCCUAAGUUGUCAAGAGGAUCAUCCUUCCAGAAGAAAAUUGAUGAUCAUACUUUGGCUCUUGAAAAACUCCGCAGCCGUGGAAUUGAUUUUGACAAGAGAAACCAAGAGCCUGUCAAAUCAUCCCCUGUAAAAACAUCUCCUGUAAAAACCUUUCCUGUAAAACCAUCAAAUGUGCAAACACCACUUCCUCCACCACCUCCCCCACCAGUACUGCCUGUUGGUUUAUCAAGACCAGGACCUCCCCCACCACCACCACCUCCUCCUCCACCACUAGACUCUGUGCCUGAGGUAGAAAAAGAAUCUUCUACUGAUGCUCGAUCUGAAGCACUAAAUAUUUUGAUGUCCAAAGGACUUUUACCUAAAAAAGAGUCUACCAUCAUAUCAAAGCCACAAAAAGUGCCAAAGACUACAGCUGAUGCUAAGAAGGUUACGAUGUUUCUAAAUGCCCACAAUCUAGUGAAAUCGGGCUCAGAGCUGAUAGAGAAAUCUCCAACGAAUGCAAGUCCACGUUUGGAACUCUUAGAAGAAACCACAACAUCACUUUUCCCACUCUCCAGUCAAGCGCCGUUUUAUACGUACAGUCUUAUCAACUGGCAGCUAAACAUAAGAAAGGAGGUGUUCUGUCCAGGUGAGAAGCUAGAGAGUCCCAUGAUUAUUGAUCUCCUGUUUGUGCAGGUGGUUUCGGAUGUCAUGUCCAACAGCUGUAUUCGAUUGAGUAAGAAAGAUAAGAUGCGUAUGCAAUUGCUGUUUGACAAGAAUUCUAUUACAGUCCAGAAUUUGAAAGAGAAAACUGUGUUACAACACAAAUCAAGUGUUAAGAAGGAAGUGUUAUCCAUUGCACAGACCCUUCCUCUAUACUUCACAAGAUUCUUUCCAGUCACGGGUGGACGUAAGAACCCCAAAGUGGAGCUCCUCGGUGUCAGUCAUACUGGAGUGCGACUGGUUCACAGAGAGUAUGAACCCACAAAAGAUCAACUGGUUAUUCUAGAAUCAUUUAAAUAUCCAGAGGUAGUUGAGCUUAAAGUGACCCAGCAUGGAACCCUUCGAAUAUACCUUUCAAAUGAUAUGGUUAUUCCACUCUACACCAAAAGAGCCGCACAGAUUAAAUCUAUGAUUGAGGCUUACAUUAUCGACCUGGAGCGAGACUCGCAACACGUGCGGGCAGUAAAGGACUACGUCACUCAAGAAUCGACACUCCUGAGCUUCCGUAGGGGUGACGUCAUCAAGCUAGCAGGUGCCAGUCAAAGCUUAAACUCAGCUAUGGAACACCGCUUAAGGUUACGCAAACAGGGCUUCCAAAAAUAUUUCAUUAAACAAGAUUGGCUUUAUGGAAUGGUGAAUGGGAAAACUGGGAGCUUCCCUAGUGAGUAUGUUGUGCCGGCACCUGGUCCUGAUAGCCAUCGGCAACCAAGGAGGAGUGAAGAUAUACAUGAUGAUCUACUAGAUAUACCACUCAAAAUGCAGAACUACCUGCAAGACAACCAGGCUAUGUCUGGGAAAUCGUCCAUGUUGGAGUUUGCCAUGCGACACUUCAGAGAAUCUCAUUCUCAGUAUGAAAUGCGGAGGAGAAGUAAUGGUUCUAUAAGUGGAUCUCUACGCUUCAUGGGGUCAAUCAAAAAACCCUUCAAAGGGAAAAAGAGCAAACAAGUGCAAAGAUCAAUUGAAGAGUAUGAGGAGCUGAUAAGGUUCUCCAACUCACCACUACAAGUGUCGUUACUGAAACUGUCCAAUCCAGAUGUCAACAAAGCCGCGCUGGAAUGUUUCCUUGCUCUUAUGCAAAUUAUGGGAGACUACCCAGUCCAAGUGAAAGAUAAGAUACCGAAGGAGAAAGCGUACUUGAACUGUGUUCACUUCAUUCUCAAGACAUGUGUUGAACAUGGAGAAUUAGUUGAUGAAGUUUUUUGCCAUCUAAUCAAACAGACAACAGCAAAUCAGAGUGCAAAAAAGAAAAGUUGUAUAUUAGGUUGGCGGAUGUUUGCGUUCUACUCGUCAUAUUUCCAGCCUAGUAACAUUCUCAAGCCAUACCUCUACGAAUACUUGACAUCUCCACAUCCUGACGACGAACAGCGACAGAUAUUGCAGAACCUAGCGAUGACCUGUAAAAUGAACAUUGUCCGUGGCUUCAAGGCAGGAGGACGUAGAAUUCCACCGCUGUAUUUGGAGAUUAAGAAUAUUCUUGAUGGACGAUUAACAAAACGACAAAUGUUCUACCUACCUGGUAACAUGACCAUCACCAAGAAGGUGAUGGGGAGCACGACGAUGCAAGAUGUUGUCGAGGACAUCUGCCAGGAGUUGAACGUUGUUGAAAAUGAAGAAAUCGAAGAGUACAGUGUAUUUGCAGUCGUAAAAAAAAACAACCAGAUUGUUCCUCUUAAGCAUAAAGACUACAUCAUGGAUGUGAUAACUCACUUUGAAUGUCAGAAAGUUCCAUUCUCAUUUCUCUUCAAAAAAUUGUUGUGGUACCGUCCAAUCAAAGUCCAAAGUCCACUCCAUGCGGAGACUUUGUUUAAACAGAUGCAAGUGGAGUAUUUACACAGCCUGCCAGCAGAGGGUGAUUUUAAUAGCAUGAGUCCAGACAAGAAGUCGAUGAUCGUUCAAUUGGCGGCUUUGCAACACAAAGCAGCAGAUAAAGUUGAAAUGCCAACCAUGCGCGACUUACCACAAAUGAUACCGAUGGUGAUCCUUGACACCGGUAAAAAACAACAGUGGCUGAAUGCCACCGAUGAUAAGUUACAAGCAAUAAAAAAUAUGUCAAAGGAGGCUGCCAUGGUGGCUUUCAUUGAGCAGGUAGAGAAGUUACCGAUGUCUGGGACUAAUUUAUUCAUCAUUGAGAGUGUUUCUGGAGCAGUGGUACAUGGUAGCUGUGUCCUGGCAGUCAGUAACUAUGGGAUAUACUUACUGAAUAAGAAAACCAAAGAAUGCAUUCUCAAACAUCCAUUCACUGAGAUUGUUUCAACAAGAAGAUUACGUUCUGCUCAGAAUCGGUGGUUUGUUGACAUCAAAUGUGGUAAUCUUAUGGUGCAAAAAGUGACGCGCCUUGAAACUGAACAAGGCUCUGAGAUCACUGUGCUCAUAUCGCAAUACAUCCAAGCUCAGGUUGAUAAAAAGUAUGAGCAACCAUCCAGCCAGAUUUUGAUCCCUGAAACACACAGAAAGAGGUCGCAAGCAUCCAGUCCGCCGUUAGCUCAGGUUGAUAAAAAGUAUGAGCAACCAUCCAGCCAGAAUUUGAUCCCUGAAACACACAGAAAGAGGUCGCAAGCAUCCAGUCCGCCGUCUCCACAGCCGCUGGUAAACGGGCUCGAUCAAAAGACUCCUUCGAAAAAUUUUGGCCGGCGGACUGAAAAUAAUCCUCGCGGAAUGGCCGCUGAUAAUAUUUUAGCAAUGCCUCCUAAGAAACGCAGUUCAGAAACUCCUAAUGGGGUCGCAAAUGGUCAUGCAUCCGCUCCAUCUCAGCCGCGUAGACACAUUCCGAUUGAUGAAAAGAUGGUAGAAAACGCGCCACAGCAACCAAAAUCAAUACUUAAAAAUAGACCAGUUCAAAUCCAAAGCAAUACGCUGAACGACCUCAACAAGUCGAUCAAUCGGGAGAGAAAUGGAAAUUACCAUCCGAUCAGUGGAUAUGGAUCAAAUAAGUAGUGAUCAUAUAUAUGAGUAAUUUGUACAAGGCCAUUUUUUUAUUAGCCGAUGUGUACAUUAUAGGAAAUACUAGGAACAGUAACACUAUAGACACUUAAUACCUUCAGCAUAAACUCCAAUAAAUGCUUAAAAUGUACAGUAGUAUAUAUGAUAUGAACUACAGUUUACAUUUCGUAUCCAAAAUUUAUACUAAUAGUCAUCUUCUGCCUAUUGUGUGCAGUGUUUUGUCUGCUGGUUCACUAGAAUUUUCGUAAUAUCUGUGACCUUUCACCAAGUGUUUGCAUACCUAUUUUUAUUUUAUGCAUUUAUGAUUUUAUUAAACCAGCAGUAAAAAAAAAAAAUUUUCCUUAUAUACUGUAUACACAUGGGCAAUAAAGUUAUAUUAUGUUUUAAAGAUUCAAAUCUUACCUGUAUAUG